AUUAUAUAUUAAGGCCCUAUUAUAAUGGGCCGAUUUUGAACCAUGUACUAGAAAGGGCCAAUUUGGAACAUGACUGCUGACAGUCCAAGGUCAUAAUGGGCCAGGCAAGGCUCGGUUCUCUCAAGGACACCAAAAGUACAAUGAGACGACAGCCCACUAAUAUCCAGCCAGAAGAAAAUUUCAAUCUUCGGUUUUCAGAAGCGAUCUCCAAAACCAAAUCGACGCAAGAAUUAGGGUUGUAUUGAGAAAUGGCGAUGGUAGGGCGCGUCAGAUCGACUCUCCCUCUCUUUAACAGGCUUUUGAGAGCGGAUCCUAUGUCCCUUCACGGUCAGAGAUCCACUCUUCACCAAUCCCUUCUUUGUCCCGAGCUGUUGAAGAAUUAUUCCACGGCUUCCCCAAAAAGGGAAGAGAAAGUUAAGGUGCCUCUAGCUUUGUUUGGGGGAUCUGGAAACUAUGCCUCUGCACUGUAUCUUGCAGCAGUAAAAGGAAAUAAUCUGGACAAGGUUGAGUCUGAACUUCUUGACCUUGUUGAGGCUUCAAAGAAAAGUCGAAUAUUUUCUCAAUUCACCAAGGACUUGUCAGUACCUGCCAAGACAAGAGUUGAAGCCAUUAAUGAUAUAUGUGGUCAAGCUAAAUUUUCAGAUCUUACAAAGAACUUCUUGGUGGCUGAAAAUGGAAGGCUAAAGUAUAUAGAAAGCAUUGCAAAGAGAUUUGUGGAUUUGACGAUGGCUCAUAAGGGAGAAGUGAAAGCCGUUGUCACAACUGUUAUUCCCCUUCCUCCACAGGAGGAGAAAGAACUGAAGGAGACCUUGCAGGAAAUAAUUGGAGAGGGGAAGCAGGUUAAGCUGGAACAGAAGAUUGAUCCUAGUAUUCUUGGUGGGCUUGUGGUAGAGUUUGAGCAAAAGGUGUUUGACAUGUCCAUUAAGACUAGGGCAAAACAGAUGGAGAGGUUCUUGCGUGAACCUAUCAACAUUGGUGCCCUCUGAAAGAUGUUGUUAUCGCCCACUGACCUUUUUAGAUUCCUUUCUGCACCACUUGGUUACUCCAAGAAGGGGAAAGAAUCAUAUGUGGUCAUGUGUGCCUCUGUUUUCUUGUACUUUUCAUAGGAUGGAAUGCAUCCAUUCACAAUAAAUGCAACUUUCUGGGCAUUUUUUUGGGAAAAUGACUGAUAUACCUUUUGUAUGGCUUUUUGUGGCUACUUCACUUUUCAAGAUCAUAAUUUGUUCUGGUACUUCUCAAAUGUUACUUGCCUUGAUGUUGGACGCUGUUUUUGAAUA